CGUCCCCGCCGCUGCUCGCGACUGCGCCCGAGUUUCGGAACAUUUUACCUGCGGCGGAGGAAAGAUUUAAAUACACCGAGAGCGUCAGCAGGAGGAUUUCACCGUGGAGGGUAGCAUUAGCUACCUCAUGCAUCUCUGAGACCUAAAGCUCUCCAUAUGCUAGUUCUGAGUCCAUUCACUUCAACCACAGCAAACCUGAGAACGAGAUGACCACACCUCUGGCUUGUUUACCAAGUGAAGGUCUUUGAAUUGGCUUGAGAGCUGCUCCCUUGUAGAGUGAAAGAUCCCUACGGCCGCGUCUGCAAACACUGAUCGGUUGUUGUCCAUCCACGCCGAGCAGCAAUGAGCGAGUCUCAGGAAGCGACUUCUCCCGUGGCCGGCAUCGGCGGUCCUGCCGCCUGUGUCACCAAGGUGGAACUGCGGGUGUCCUGCAAGUCCCUGCUGGACAGAGACACGCUCAACAAGUCUGACCCGUGUGUCAUCCUCAUGGUCCAGGCCCAGGGACAGUGGACUGAGCUGGAUCGUACGGAGGUAAUCAAGAGCAACCUGAACCCGGUCUUCGCCAAGGUGCUGCUGCUGGACUACUACUUCGAGGAGGUGCAGAAACUGCGUUUCGAGGUCUAUGACAUUCACGGGACCCACAGCAUUGGGACGCGUGACGACGACUUCCUGGGUGGUGUGGAAUGCACACUUGGACAGAUAGUAGCUCAGAAGAAGAUGAUGAAACCUUUGUUAUUGAAAUAUGGAAAAUAUGCUGGGAAAUCUACAAUUACAAUUCAUGCAGAAGAAAUUUCUGGCAAUAAUGGAUACGUUGAGCUCUCCUUUUGUGCCAAGAAGUUGGAUGAUAAGGAUGUUUUCAGCAAGUCUGACCCAUUCUUGGAGAUAUACCGGGUCAACGAUGACGGCACGGAGCAGCUCAUACACAGGACAGAAGUAAUUAAGAACAACCUGAAUCCCGUAUGGGAGCCAUUUAAAGUCUCUCUCAUCUCCCUGUGCAGCUGUGAUGAGGACCGGAAAUUAAGGUGCCUAGUGUGGGACUACGAUUCCAGGGGCAAGCACGACUUCAUCGGCGAGUUCUAUGCCACAUUCAGAGAAAUGCAGAAAGUAUCUGCAGGGAACAAGGUCACAUGGGAAUGUGUCAACCCCAAAUACAAACUAAAGAAGAAGAACUACAAGAACUCUGGCUUGGUCAUUCUCACUGAUCUCAAGCUUCACAGAGUGUACUCCUUCCUGGACUACAUUAUGGGAGGAUGCCAGAUCCAUUUUACAGUUGCCAUUGACUUCACGGCAUCUAACGGUGACCCACGCAAUAGCUGCUCCCUGCAUUAUAUCAACCCGUACCAGCCGAACGAAUACCUGAAGGCUCUGAUAGCUGUAGGGGAGAUAUGCCAGGAUUAUGACAGUGACAAGAGAUUCUCAGCCUUGGGCUUUGGCGCACGAAUUCCACCAAACUAUGAGGUGUCACAUGACUUUGCCAUCAACUUCAAUCCAGAGGAUGAUGAAUGUGAAGAAAUUCAGGGGGUGGUAGAAGCCUACCAGAGCUGCCUGCCCAAGAUCCAGCUCUAUGGACCCACUAAUGUGGCUCCCAUCAUCAGCAGAAUAGCCAGGCAGGCAGCCGGGAAGGAGCCCAUCAAAGACGCCUCCCGCUACCAUAUCCUGCUGAUCCUCACGGACGGGGUGGUGACCGAUAUGGCGGACACGCGGGAGGCAAUCGUACGCGCCUCAUACCAGCCCCUGUCGAUCAUCAUAGUGGGAGUGGGGAAUGCCGACUUCACAGAUAUGCAGAUCCUAGACGGUGAUGACGGCGUCCUGCGCUCUCCGAGAGGCGAGCCCGUUCUGAGGGACAUUGUGCAGUUUGUGCCAUUCAGAGACUUCAAAACGGCUGCUCCCGCUGCCCUGGCGAAGUGUGUCCUGGCUGAGGUGCCCAAGCAGGUGGUAGAGUACUUCAGUCAUAAGGCCAUUCCACCCAUGAGUCCCGUAUUGGACUCCACCCCCAACUCCAUCGCCAACACCCAGACUAGCUCUCCCACUCAAGCCCCGCCCUCCGCUCGGCCCUUGCACAACCACCCCCCGGCCCUGGGUUGCCAUGCGAGGUUGUCACGGAGAGGGGUGUCGCCACAAACACCACAUUGUCGAUGGUUUUUUUUCUCCUUUUUCCCCGCUCUUUUCAUACAUAAUACAUUUACGCAGACUUUGUAGGGGUGGGGGUUGAAAGGCUGUGCCUGGAUCGUAUCCUGAUCCAGAUGCAGUGUCCUGGAACCUGUCUGUCUGAUGCAUGAGAACCAGGAACGCAGGUCACUCCCAUGUGGCCCUGACCCCUGACCCCUGAC